AUGCCUCGACCGUGCAGUGCGGGGAUGCCUCGACCGUGCAGUGCGAGGAUUGCGGCUCAGGUUGACUUGGUGUCUUUGAGGCCUGGGAGGAAUGCGGCUGAUGCCUGCGAGGAUUGCAGUCUCCAGGGCCUGCGAGGAAUGUGGCUGAUGCCUGCGAGAAUUGCGACCUCUGAGGCAUGCAAGGAUAGAAUUGACGGAUCAAGAAUGGGGUAUAUGAUUGAUACGAGUAUUAGGAAGAACUACAUGUGGCUUGAUCUCUCAGUAAGGGGGAGAUUCUGCCGACUUUUCGACAGAAGUCGCACCUGA